AUGCGCGCCCUUUUUGCUGCCACAUCUUUCCGGCGAAUAUUCACACGCUUGAUCCGACCAACCCACCAAAAGGUCCUUCCCCUCACCAACUUCCGCACAAUGGCUUCCGAAGCCAAGGACAUCACGGCACCGCCCGCCGAGAAGCAAGUCAUCGUCCACGAGGGCAAGCGCUACGUCACAGUCAAAGAAGGCCUCGCCCACAUUCUCGUCCCAGAACCGUCCGAAGAAGACAAGGAGAACCUCAGGCCCGACCAGGCUGUCCGACAGGUCUUCUACAACCCCAUCCAGCAGUACAACCGAGACUUGACCGUCCUCGCCAUCAAGGCCUACGGCAAGGAAGCAGUCCAGCAGAAGCAAGCCAGCCACUCCAAGCUUGAGAAGAUCAUCGAGAAGAAGAGGAAGCGAGAGGCCCAGAAGAAGGAACAGCAACCGAACAAGGCGCAAAAGGGAGCCGACGGCGAGAAGGCGACCACCGCACCCGCGAACCGAUGCUACAUCUGCCGAAACAGUACAGCAAAAUGGAGAAGAGACCAAGGAUGUCACAGAACAAGAGACCGACGUUCCCGUCGAGAAGGGGGACGAACAAGCUACGAACGGAGAAGCCAAGAGGGAAAGCAGCCACCAUUUACCGUGCUCGAUGCGCUAUCAGCCAGUGGCCUUCGUGCCCUGAGGUACGCCCACGAAAUUCCGUUCCUCACCUCAGUAACGGCGAACGAUCUCCUCGCGACCGCUGUCGAUUCCAUCAAACUCAACGUCAAGCACAACCGCCUCGAAGACAAGGUCAACGUUUGCCACGACGAUGCGUUGGCCCAUAUGUACACCCUGAUUGCGAAGGAGCUUCGCGCCAAGGAUCCCAAGGGCAAGCCCACCCUGAGCGAAAAGUACGACGUUGUCGAUCUCGAUCCCUACGGUACCGCUGCUCCCUUCCUGGAUGCUGCCGUGCAGUCUGUGCGCGAUGAUGGUGGUUUGCUCUGCGUUACCUGCACUGAUUCCGGUGUAUGGGCCUCCAACGGAUACCCCGAGAAGUGCUACUCCUUGUAUGGCGGUGUCCCUGUCAAGGCAUGGUUUUCUCACGAAGUCGGCAUUAGACUUGUUCUUUACUCUAUCCAAACGGCCGCUGCGAAGUACGGUCUCACCAUUGAGCCUCUCCUCUCGCUGUCCAUCGACUUCUACAUCCGAGUCUUUGUCCGCGUCAAGAAGUCUCCUGCUGCUGUCAAGUUCCAGGGCGGCAAGAACAUGAUGGUGUACAACUGCGAUAGCGGCUGCGGAGCUUGGUCAACACAGAUGCUGAUGAGAAACAAGUCCUCGCCGAACAAGAAGGGCUCCGGCGUCUUUUACAAGCACACCUUUGCUCAGGGACCUUCGGUUGAUAAGGGCUGUGAGCACUGCGGUUCCACCAUGCAUAUGGCCGGUCCGAUGUACGGUGGUCGCAUCCACUCACCCAAUUUCAUCAAGCGCGUCCUCGGCGAACUCGAUGAUGCGCCUACCGAUGUUUACGGAACGACCCUGAGGAUAAGGGGUAUGCUGCAGACGGCCCUUGAGGAGAUUUUGUUGACCCCCGACGAACAAGAAGCUGAGAAGGCCAAGGAGGAGGCAAUCAAGGCCGGCAAGAAGCUGGAUCCCGCCUUCAAGGAGGCCGAGCUCGCGGCUAUUGAUCCCUACCCGUUCUAUUUCCACCCUGCUACCAUUUCCGGCAUUCUCAAGUGCUCCUGCCCACCAGAGGCACCCCUCAAGGGCGCGCUGCGCGGUCUCGGCUACCGGGUUACGAGGAGUCAUUGCAAGCCGGGUAGCAUCAAGACCGAUGCACCAUGGUCGAUCAUUUGGCAUGUGUUCAGGGAGUGGAUCCGCCAGAAGGCACCCGUGAAGGAGGACAACAUCAAGCCUGGUACGCCUGGAUACAGGCUGCUGCGCCUGAGUGAGAAGAAGAAGCAGGAGGAGCAAACAGAAGGUGGUGAGACUCCCAAGGAGCAGCAGAGUGAACAAGCGGAGGAAGAGAAGAUGCCCGAGGUUGUGUUCGAUGAGCAGCUUGGUCGGGAUGACAAGACCGUCAAGUUGGUCAGAUAUCAGGCGAACCCAAGAGAAAACUGGGGUCCUCUAAACAGGGCAGUAGGCAAGGUGCCUUCUCACCACCGUAAGGAUUAA